AUGGCAGGCACGCCUGUGGGCUGGGAGGGCCAAGGGGCACCCCAGGCAGGGGACACGCCCAAGGGCUCCAAGGACCCGGCAAGUUGUCAGCACGAAGGCUUCCUGGCUCCCUGUCAGGGCGGAGCCGCUGAGGGCCAGGCCAGGCACGGCGCUGCCUCUGUGUCCUCGCUGGUAGCAGGGCCGGUGACCCCAGCCUCAGUGGGAUCCAUCCAGCACCGUCUGGUCCACCAGCUCACCACUGAGGCAGGGGGUGUGGGGACAGAAGCCCCUGGCUCAGUAAGGAGCCGCCAGGAGUUUGCCAGGAGGGCUGCCCUGAGGGCCUCCACCCAGGAGUCUCAAAGCCGCAGCCAUGGGAAGGCGGCCGGGCGCGUCCAGGGUCAGCCGGGGGCCGCGGGCCCGCAGGCUCGCAGCUGGCUGUCUCAGCGGGGCCUCAUCCCGGCCACGCGCGCCUCAGGGUCUUCCCCGGGAUUUGGGAACGGCCGCAGGACCUGCCCGCAGCGCGGCAGGGGUGGCUCGUCGACCUCGGGAGUGUCCGCCGCGGAACCUGCGCCUGACACAGAGCGGGCGCUCAAAGCGCAGCGCGUCGGUCCCGCUCCCUGGGGCUCUUUCCCGGCCCUGCGAGCACCUUCCUCCACAGAGGCGCGUCUGUCCCGGCGGCGGCCCCUAGGGGGCGCGCGCGGCCGAGCGCCCCGCGCGUCCGGCCCGCGGCCGCCAGGGGGCAGCACGUCCCGAGAGGCGACUGCGGGCGCGGCGGCCCCUUCCGGCCGCGCAGGCCCCGAGAGACGCUGUAGGACCGGAAACCGCGCCUUUGCGCGGGCGGGGCGUGCGGAGCCGGGGCUCAGAAGACGGGAAGCCGAGAGCGGCCGUGUGUCCGGUGACGAGCAGAGGUUGGCGGGGACCUCAGGCCGGCGCCCGGCCUCGUGCGAAUCCGGAGAAACCGCAGGCGCAGGGGGCGGCGGGCCGGGCCGCGGGGGCGGGGAGGGCGCAGGGCCGGCGGAGGCCCUGUCUCCGGCCUGCCGGCGCCUCGGAUUUGGACGGGACCCCGCAGUGCCCCUCCGAGGGCCUGGCCGAAAGCACGGAGAGCUUCCGUGUGGACGGAUGUUGGGGGCAGCAUCAUUCCAUAAGCAAAACGUGGUGUAUGAUGAGAGCGACUGUCGCUCGCUUCUGCCACCUGCUACCGUGGGGAUGAGCCUCACAACCUGCGAGUCUCCUGAGGCCCAGUCUCCCGCCUCGCUCGGAGGGAAGCCCCAGUCUCCGCACCCGGCCCACCUGGACCCAGAUCCGCUCACGCCCCGGACGGCGACCACUGCCCUCGAGGCCUGUGUGGGCAAAGCCCCCAUCCAACGUGGGCUUGCGCUGCCCGCGAGGCAGCCUCCCAGCGUCUACCGCUGGGCACCCGUCACGGGACACGGGAGGAUGCAGGCCUCUCACUGCGUCACCACCGAGCCCCCGGCUUCCCCGCGGGAAGCCGGCGCAGGCGCACUGGGGCCGCGCGCGGAGACCUGGGAGCCGCCCGGAGCGCGGCGGCCGGAGGCCCGGGCCCAACGGCCAACGCGGCCGCGCGGGAACUCGCGCGCCAGGCCCCGCCCGCGGUUUGAACCUGAGGCCCCGCCCCCGCGCCCGGCCAAUCAGCAGGCGGGGCGGCAGGCCUCACGGCGACUCUUUGCGGGCGCGGCGCGGCCCCGCCCUCCGGCCCCGCCCCUCCGGCCGCCCCUCCCUCGGCGGCGGGCGGCGGCGCGGGCGGCGCGGAAGCUGGCGGCCAGGGUGACCCUAAAAGUGGAGGGGACCCCAACUGACUUCCUUGUCGACACGGGGGCUCAAUAUUCGGUUUUGCUAGAGCCCCAGGGAAAACUGGCCGGAAAGACCUCUUGGGUGCAGGGGCCUACCGGAAUGAAACAAUACCAAUGGACUCCCCGAAGAUCAGUGGACUUGGGUGCGGGCCGGGUAUCCCACUCUUUCACGGUCAUUCCGGAAUGCCCCUCCCCGCUGUUAGGACGAGACCUGUUAGCCAAAAUGGGGGCCCAGAUUCAUUUCCUCCCGGGAGAAACUAAAAUACUCGACCAGACGGGCAACCUGAUCCAAGUACUGACCAUCCAAUUAGAAGAUGAAUAUCGGUUACACCAGAAACCUACACUGCCCCCGGUGGACAUUCAGAAAUGGUUAGAUAAAUUCCCUGAUGCUUGGGCCGACGGGGGAACCGGCUUUGCCGGGCACCGCCCUCCUAUAUAUAUAGAUCUCAAGCCAGGGGCCGACCCUGUCCGGGUCCAACAAUACCCCAUGACCCUGGAGGCCCGACGGGAUCACCCCCCCCAUAUCCACAGACUCCUGGCCCAGAAGAUCUUGAGACCCUGCCAGUUGGCCUGGAAUACCCCCCUCCUCCCCGUCAAAAAACCCAAUUCUCAUGACUUUUGGCCGGAACAGGACCUACGAGAAGUGAACCGCAGAGUUUUAGAUAUUCACCGCACUGUGCCGAACCCAUACAGCCUCCUGAGCUCACUCCCACCAGGCCAACACUGGUAUACGGUCCUAGAUUUAAAAGACGCUUUCUUCAGCCUUCCCCUGGCACCCAGAAGCCAGGAUCUUUUUGUCUUUGAAUGGUCCGACCCAGAAGAGGGAAUUAACGGACAGCUGACCUGGACCCGGCUGCCACAGGGAUUCAAGAAUUCCCCCACCAUCUUGGACGAGGCCCUUCAUGAGGACCUGGGUGAGUUCAGACAACAACACUCCCAGCUAACCUUGUUACAAUAUGUAGAUGACCUCUUGAUUGCAGCCAAGGAUCAACAGACCUGCCUCACGGGCGCCCAAGAACUGCUGCAGACCCGUGGAGAAUUAGGACACCGAGUAGCCAAAGAGGCUCAGAUACGCCGACCGGAGGUCACCUACCUGGGCUAUGUACUGAAAGAGGGGCAGAGGUGGCUGUUGGGGGCACGAAAGGAGACAGUACUCAAAACCCCUACCCCAGAUUCACCUCGAAAGGUGAGAGAAUUUUUGGGGUCUGCUAGCUUCUGCCGCCUUUGGAUCCCUAAUUAUGUGAAACUGGGUAAACCUUUAUAUGAAGCCACAAAGGGUACCACCCCUUUCAGCUGGACGGAACAGAUGGAGACGGCUUUCAAGACUAUUGAAACGGCCCUGCUGUCAGCCCCUGCCCUAGGGUUGCCUGACGUUACAAAACCCUUUCUCCUGUACGUAGAUGAAAACGGAGUGGCAAAAGGGAUGCUGAUGCAGCAUCUGGGACCUUGGACGCGGCCGGUGGCUGGCUUGUCUAAACGCCUAGACCCCGCGGCGUCAGGCUGGCCCCCAUGCCUCCGCAUGAUUGCAGCAGGGGCCCUAACGGUCAGGGAUGCAGAUAAACUGACCCUGGGGCAAGAAUUGCAGAUCACUGCCCCCCACGCCAUUGAGGGCGUCCUGAAACAACCCCCAGAUAGGUGGAUCAGCAACGCUCGGCUGACCCACUACCAGGGACUGCUGCUAAACCCCUCCAGAGUCAUCUUUCUGCAGCCUACUGCUCUCAAUCCGGCUACACUGCUUCCUAACCCGAAUUUAGAAGCCCCAGUCCACGACUGCAGCGACACACUAGCCCAGGUACAUGGAACGCGAGAGGCCUUGCAAGAUCGCCCUCUAGCGGAUGCUGAAGUUACCUGGUAAAGGGAUGGGAACAGUUUUGUCCGAGAUGGACUCAGGUAUGCAGGGGCCACCGUAACCGCUGAGACCCAAAUCAUAUGGGCAGAAGCAUUACCCCCGGGCACCUCGGCUCAAAAGGCUGAACUAAUCGCCCUAACCAAAGCUCUCCAGUUGGGAGAGAACAAGAAACUUAACAUCGUCACUGGUAGCCAAUAUGCCUUUGCUACCGCCCAUAUGCACGGAGCCAUUUACAGAGAGAGGGGCCUCCUCACGGCUGAGGGUAAGACGAUCAAAAAUGAAGAAAUAAAGGCCCUCCUCUCAGCAUUAUGGCUUCCUAAAAAACUAGCCAUAAUACGUUGCCUGGGACACCAGAGGUCGGACACUCUGACCUCAAAGGGAAACAACUUGGCAGAUAAGGCAGCCCGAGAUGUUGCCCAGGGCACAGUAAUCAAAGCCACCCUACAGCUGCCCGACCCUGGAAGCCCUGUGUUGCCAGCUCUGCCCGACUGCUCACCCAGAGACUCAGAUUGGAUAAAAAGUUUGCCCGUGACCCAACAACUGACCGGGUGGUGGCGGGCAGCGGAUAGCUCCCUGAUCCUCCCGGAAGAGCUGGGAAAACAAGUAAUAUUGAAGAUGCACCGCGCCACUCACCUGGGGACCUGCAAGAUGCAGAACUUGAUUAGACAUGCCAGACUUACCAUGAGAGACGUCAGAACCACAAUAGAAAACAUCGUGUCAGCAUGCAAGGCCUGCCAGCUCACCCACGCUACCCGCCACCCAGCCAACCCCGGAUCUACAGAGCGCGGAAGUCGACCUGGAGCCGACUGGGAGGUGGACUUCACGGAGGUGAAACUGGGUAGAUACGGAUACAAAUAUCUACUGGUAUUCAUAGACACCUUCUCACGGUGGGUAGAAGCUUUCCCCACCAAAAGAGAAACAGCACAGGUGGUGGCCAAAAAGUUGAUCGAAGACAUCUUGCCGCGGUUUGGGUUUCCUGCACAGGUGGGGUCGGACAGUGGGCCAGCCUUUGUAUCUCAGGUAAGCCAGGGAGUAGCUAAGGCUUUGGGGGCUAGAUGGAAGUUGCAUUGCGCUUACAGGCCCCGGAGCUCAGGACAGGUAGAAAGGAUGAAUAGGACACUCAAAGAAACAUUAACAAAACUAGUUGCUGAGACUGGCGGGGACGGGGUGGCUCUCCUCCCCUUUGCCCUCUACCGGGUGCGGCACUCCCCCUACCAACUGGGACUUACCCCCUUCGAGAUUACGUAUGGAAUAGCUCCCCCAAUGAUCAAAAGCUACUCUUGUCUCCGGUCCUUGCAGUUCUCCCGCAGGGACACGUGGAGGAGACUCAAGGCUCUGCGUGAGUCAGGCCCGCCACCCGAACCCCACCGCUGCCGGCCAGGAGACGGGGCGUUCGUGCGCUGCCAUCGCCAAGAGACCCUAGAGCCCAGAUGGAAAGGACCCUUCCUAGUUGUCUUGACGACACCCACCACACUCAAGGUUGACGGCAUAUCCACUUGGGUUCACUACACCCACGUAUGGCCUGCAGGCCUGUUUGCCUUGAGAGAAGAGUUCCUUCCCCAAUGGAAGGCCAAGCUGGACAAGACAAAUCCCCUCAAGUUCAAGCUACGAAGGCAAUAA